AUGAACUUCGGCUAUGACAACAACUGGUGGUCAGGCGUCAUAGGAUCGCGGGUUUUCAACGAUCACUUCGGCCGUCAUCUGGACGGGCCUGACCAGCCAAAGAGCCUGCCCUCAGACUGGCUAUCGAUUGCCAGCGGCACUCCUAUUGCAGGAUGGAUCUUGGGCUGCGCCGUCGCAAGUUAUUUCACGAGUACUUGGGGUCGCAAGAUGACCAUUGUCAUUGUCUGCGUGAUUGCUCUGAUAGGAAUGACUAUUUCCUGCGCUGUCAAUAGCUACUGGGGCAUCAUGGCUGGAAGGCUCGUCAACGCUGUGUCUAUGGGCAUCGAGGCAAACUGUGUACCUAUGUACAUGGCCGAACUUGCGCCGGCAUCCAUCCGUGGCGCACUUGUCAACUUUUACCAGAGCUGGCUAUAUGUGGCUAUCAUCGUUCAAUAUGGACCCCCACUUCUGCUGCUCGCAGCCGUAUGGUUCAUCCCCGAGUCACCUCGAUGGCUUCUCCAGAAAGGCAGACGCGAAGAAGCCCUCGAGGCCCUCUUGUACGCCCGCGAGGGCAGCGCCAGCGCGGAUGAAAUCGCCUGUGAGCUCGGUCUCAUCGAGCAAGCCAUGCAGCACGAGGCAGAGAACCACCGCGCGACGAGUUACGCCGACUGUUUCAAGGGCUCUAAUCUGCACCGAACCUGCAUAGCCAUGGGUGUGCAGUGCCUGCAGCAGGCGCAGGGCAACACGUUCGUCACGUCGUACCUGGUCAUCUUCCUCAACCAGGUCGGCGUCGACCAGCCGCAGGCCAUCGCCAUCGCGGUCAUGGGCUGCAGUCUCGCGGGUUGCAUUGCCGCCUUUUACCUGUCGGACAAGCUGGGCCGGCGGCCCAUGCUCAUGAUCGGCUCGUUCUUCAUGGCCGUCCUCAUGUGGAUCACUAGCGGCCUUGCCAGUUGGACCCCUGGAGGGGUCAACGGAUCCGCUGCUCAGGGCGCUAUUGCUGCUCUCUUAAUCUAUAAUGUCUUUGCGGCAGCCUGUUGGGGUUCGGUCAUGUGGGCAGUCACAGCCGAGGUUGGGACCACACAGCUGCGCGAACGCACGAUAUCGAUUGCCACCAUCGCCAGUUUCUCCACAAGCUUGAUUAUCACUUAUGUCACUCCCUUCAUCCAGAAUGAGCCAGGCAAUUUGGGGGCGAGAAUCGGGAUGAUCUUCGGCAGCCUGUCUAUCUUGGCCCUGUUGUUUGUCUAUUUUGUUGUUCCGGAGCUCAAGGGGAGGAGUCUGGAAGAGUUGGACGAGCUAUUCCAGUCGAGGACUGUCCCCUGGCGAUCGACUCGAUUUGUGUCCACCGGCAUCGGCGCUGAGAUCACGAAUAUCGAGAGGGUCAAGGCUGACAGUGGCCUUAGCACAAAGGCGAUUGAUGGGGUUGGACAGGGCAAGCAGGCCGACAUCAAAUAG